AUGAGGGUCAGAGACAUACACACAGCCACGAGGGGAGGAAGGGGCGGAGUCGAGAAAAAAAUUGGUUCUUCUGACAAAUAG